AUGCCGAAGAGCGUAGACUAUUCAGAGCUGGCCAAGCAUGGCUCUGCGGAUGACCUAUGGAUUGCUGUCAAUGGGGAGGUGUAUGAUAUGACUGAGUUUGCCCAGGAACAUCCUGGCGGACCUGAUGUGAUCUAUGAAUACGGUGGAAACGAUGCAUCGUCCGCGUACAAUGAGGCCCACGGGCCCUCUUUGAUCAGAAAGUCUCUUGAUGUCAAGUUUCACAUGGGAUCAAUCGAUCCGAAAACUUUCCCAAAAGAAUCUAAAAUAAUCACAAAAGAGACUGAUGGAAAGAUCAAAGAAUCAGAAGAGAGACCGAGUCUGGAUUCUAUCAUCAAUUUGGAUGAUUUUGAGCGAGCAGCAACCAAAUCUCUGUCAGCCAAAGCCAUGGCCUUCAUAGGCGGUGGCUCUAAUGAUAAUAUUACUAGGGAUGCAAACCGCUCAGCGUUGAAUAACAUAUGGCUUCGGCCCCGAGUAAUGAAGAACGUCAAGGACGUGAACACAACUACUACGCUGUUCGGAGCCCGCCUGGAUCUGCCAGUUUAUAUUGCUCCAACGGGCGGAGCAAGGACUGGAGGCGCAGAAGGAGAGCUGACCUUUGCUCGAGGGGCAGCUGCCGGGGGAAUCAUUCAUUGCUUCGCAACGCCAUCUUCGUAUCCUUAUGACGAGAUUCUCGAAGCUACUCCAGAACGAGCUCUUUUCCAGCUGUACGUCAACAAGGAUCGAGCACAAUCCGAAGCCGCAAUUCGGAAAAUCGCUGCUUCAGGGAAGGUCAAGGCCAUUUUAGUCACAGUUGAUGUCCCUGUAGUCCCAAAGCGCGAGGAUGAUGAGCGUAUCAAAUCGAAUGAAGCCAUCGUGAUCGCCGGCGUGAAGACGACCGUUACCGGCGGGGACAAGAAAGGAGGAGGGCUUGCGAGACAGAGCUCCGGAUUCAUUAACUCCAGUGUGGAUUGGAGCCUUGUUUCAUGGCUCCGCAGCCUGACAUCCUUGCCGGUCUUAGUCAAAGGUAUUCAGACUGCCGAGGACGCCAGAAUCGCCCACUCUAUGGGGUGCGAUGGCAUUGUGCUCAGCAACCACGGAGGCAGAGCGGCUGACCACGCACCCCCAGCCAUCCUGAUUCUGCUGGAGCUACAGAAGUAUUGCCCUGAGGUCCUCUCAUCGAUGGAGAUUCUAGUUGAUGGAGGGUUUCGCAGGGGAGCCGAUAUUGUUAAAGCCAUUUGCCUCGGGGCGUCUGCAGUUGGCCUGGGCAGGAGCUUUCUCUUUUCUCUUAGCUAUGGCCAGGAAGGAGUCGAGCGUGUUAUUGACAUCUUGCGCGAUGAGAUCGAAACUGCGAUGCGGCUAUGUGGGAUGACUGAUCUAAUGCGAGAUGCUCAUCCGCGUUUUAUUAAUACUAACCGAGUUGACCACUUAAUUCCGGAGGAGGAGCACCCUUAUGCGAGAAAGAUUGUAAGGGAUAGGCCACGAUUGUAG